GGAUGAUUCGCAUUCACAAGUGUACAGAAAUUGAACGUGAUCCCGAGGAACCGAAUUCAGCUUAUGCAUUUCCAACAUUUUUUGUUAUUUGCACUAAAAUGAAAUCAUCUAAAACAAUGAAAUCACUAAUUGAAUUAGAUAUGGAUGGAGAGCUGAUUCGAGUAGAAACUAGUGAUGAAGUUCUUAAAAGUAUUAAAGCUAUGCAAGAAUAUACACUAUAUUUGCAUUAUAUACAAAAUAAAAAAUUUGUGGACGAAGACGUUAAUCUAGAAUUGUACGAUUCAAAAAAUCCAAAUCCACGUUAUGUAUUUUAUAUUAUUGAUCAAAAAUCAUAUGCACCCGUAAAGUUUGCAGUCUUCAUAGUUCCUCAAGGCAGAGAAAUGGAGUGGAUGUUUGCAACUACGGCUGGUAGAAAGCAGUUAAUUGAAAAUGCAGGAUGUGAAAGAUUGGUUGUUGUUCAUUUGAAUCGAAAUCAUAAUUAUACUAAUCUGGAUGAAGUUAAAAGGGAAUUGUCUUCUAAAGUAAUGGAAUUUGCACAGAGUGAUUUUACAAAGAAUGUAAAGGUACCAUUCAUGUCUGUUGGUCCGGAUAUCGGACAUAGAACGAUUUGUUAUAAUGGUAAAAGUGAACUAAGUGGAGAGUACAUUAUUGAAGAUGUUCAGGGUGAAGGAAAACAGACUUUUCGGAGACUCGUGUUUCUUCAGAAUCAAUAUGUGAUUCAGUCGGAAGCACGAUUAACCAUCGAAAUAGUAAAGAAAAAUAAGAAGACAAAGAAAGGUAAAGUCACGAAGAAUAUUGAUUUCAAUUAUUUAUCAUGUCAACACCACAUUUACAUGUUUUCUGGUUUAUCAUUUCUUUCGUCUCAAAUUACUGAAAAAAUUCGUGUUUUAAUGGUUGGAUUAGGAGGAGGUUUAUUGCCUAUGUUCAUGACAAGCCACAUAAAACAGAUUUAUAUAGAUGUUGUCGAAUUAGAUGAAGAAAUUUUAAAAAUUGCAGUCGAGUGGUUUGGAUUAGAACUAAGUGAAAAGCUGAAAGUUCAUAUUGCUGAUGGAAUAGACUUUAUUAAUAACUGUGCCCAGAGAGAAGAAAAAUAUGACAUAGUGAUGUUAGAUGUUGAUAACAAGGAUACCAGUGCUGGUAUAAGUUGUCCACCAUUAUCUUUUGUUCAAGAACAUUUCCUACAACAAAUCAGGAAAUUGAUUGAUUCAAAAGGUAGGUAUCUCAUUGGAAAUAAUUAUUUAAAAUUUAAAAAAUCUCUAACAUAAUUUUCCAUAAAUUGUAAAUCUAAUGAUAUAACUUACAAAUAAUCAUUUAUUUCAUAUGCAUCAUGUUCAGUUAUCUCGUAUAGACAGGAAUGGAAGUGGUCCAGGCAAUAUAGAAUCAUAUGUAAUAUGAGUUGAAUUUGGAAAUCAUUUAUGAGACAGGUUCAAUAAUGAAAUAAAAGUUUUAUUCAUUUUCAAUCCUGUUUGGUAAAUAUGUGGUUUCUUGGAAAUGUGUCUAGGAGUGAAAUGAGAUGUUUAGAGAAACAUCACUGAUUGAAAUCCAAUUUAUAGAAGCACCAAGCUAAGAUUUUUUUUAAAAAUAUGGAGGGAUUCAAGAAUAUAUAUAUAUAGAGUAGAUAUAUACUUAGGUUAAAAACAUCAUCAAAAAAUAAAAUAGAAAUAGUGACACUGGAAAUUGACAAACCCUCACAAAAUUUUUGAACAAGCAAGCAAAAGCAAGGUUUGGGAUUGACCAAGGAAGGUUGAGCAAAGUGUGAGUGGUGAUUGGUUAGCCUUUAGUGAGUUGAUCAUCACAAAAUUAUUAUUAUGAAUAGUCUGUAUUGAAACAAGUGGGGCAAACAAGCAAAGAGAACCAUGCAACCACAGAAUUGGAACUUUUUUUGUGAGAAGUUAGUCAUAUGUUCAACCAAUUUUAAAAAAUUCAUUUUUUUGUUCAAGAAUCUGAAGGUUAUUCUUUGAUUUAAUGGAGUCUGAAAAAU